CGGCCCCGGAAGUCGGGCUGAGGCGCGCACCGCCCGCCCGCUGGCAUGGCGCCCGCUCCCGCCGCUCGGGGCUGGCCCCGCGCGCUCCUGCUCCGCGCGCUGCCCGCCCGGCCCCACGGCCGCCGCGGCGCCGCCGACGGGGCCCCGGCCCGGCCCGCGGGGCUGUACGAGCUGCUGGGCGUGCCGGCCAGCGCCACGCAGGCGCAGAUCAAGGCGGCCUAUUACGAGCGGAGCUUCCGCUGCCACCCGGACCGCAACGCGGGCAGCGAGGAGGCGGCCGCGCGCUUCACCGCCCUGCACCAGGCCUACGCCGUGCUGGGCAGCGCGGCCCUGCGCCGCAAGUACGACCGAGGCCUGCUGAGCCGCGAGGAGCUGAGCUCGGCCGCGCGGCCCGCGCCCGCCCCCGCCCCCGCCCCCGCGCCCGGCCCGCGCCGCGCGCCCCCCUUCGACUUCGACGCCUUCUACCGCGCCCACUACGGCGAGCAGCUGGAGCGGCAGCAGCUCCUGCGCCGGCGGCGGCGGCGGCAGCGGGAGGCGGCGGCGGCGGCCCAGAGGUGGCGCGGGGAGCGGCUGGCCGAGUUCUCGGUCGCCCUGCUCCUGCUCUCCGCCAUGGCGCUGCUGCUCGGCACGAAGUGAAGCCGCGCCGCGCCCCGGCCUGGGCCCGAGGCUUCGGUUGUGCCCCCGCGCGGGCGACGGCGGCUGCGGGGAUCUCGACGGUGGGGUCCCGAACGCGCCUUGUGCCCUGAGGGGAGCUGAACUGCCAUUAAAAUAUCUUCCCCAGCCGG